GUCAGUACAAGGUAUUGCAUUGAAACGUGAAAGCUGCCAGCGACCGCCAUAGCAAUCGAAAGAAAGAGAGGUGGGUGCCCAAGUUGAAGCCAUGGGGAGAUCCGUUGCCCUUUUCCACUUGCUCCGCUCACAUUCCAAACAUCUCUCAACGCCACGCUUUCAAGCAGCAGGCCUCCAUGCCCAUAGGAGUUUUGGAGCACGGGAGUCAUUCUCAACUGUCAGGCCCCCACUUCCAAACAAAUAUGAGCACAUGAACUUCAAUCAUUUGGGUACUCAGAAAAGAUGGGCUUCUCAGGCUUCUCGGGAGAGAAAUGAAGAGAAUGACAGCAAAAUCAGCAUCGGACCACGUAGAACUGCAGACAUCAAUGAGGAUGGUAAAGACACUGGAAUCGUGUAUUAUGGGCCAAUCUCAUCAACCAUCAAGAAAGUGAAGCUACUCUCACUCUCCACUUGCUGCCUUUCGGUGUCUCUCGGUCCUGUCAUAACCUUCAUGACUGGGCCCGACAUGAACGUGAUUCUGAAAGGUGCUGUUGCGUCUUCUGUUAUAUUCCUUAGCGCUUCCACAACUGCAGCCCUUCACUGGUUUGUUAGCCCUUAUGUUCACAAGCUCAAGUGGCGGCCUGGCUCGGAUAGCUUCGAGGUAGAGAUGUUGUCAUGGUUGGCGACGCACAUUCCAAAGACAAUCAGGUUUUCUGAUAUUAGGCCACCAGAAACCAACAGGCCUUUUGUGACAUUCAAGGCCAACAACAGCUUCUAUUUCAUCGAUUCCGAACACUGUCAAAACAAGGCUCUACUGGCAAGGCUGACCCCCCAGAAGAAACCAGCUCAUGAAUCAGCCUUCAAGAACUUGUAAUUGAUCUGGACUAGACUCUUGAAUGAGGGUCCUUUAUGGGAACUUUAAGAUCAAUGGCAGGUAAUUCUUGUUUAACUCAAGUUUACAAGUUUUGGAGAAGUGGAGGAUGAUCACUGCAGCUGGGUAUUGGCUCUGUUGGCAACAUGGGACCCUUUAUAGAGCCGAUUUUGGUAGUUUUGUGUUGCUCGAUUUUGAAACUUUAAUCUAAGGUUAAUACAGUUUUGUGUUGA